UCUCCCUCUGUUUGCUCCGCCAUGGAUUCCGACGACGAACACGAAGAAUCCGGCCUCCCAAUCCCAGCGCCCACCGAUUUCUUCAACAAACUAAUAUUCCUCGCCGCCGAAUUAAUCUACGCCGCCAUCGCCUUCGUCCUCGCCCCGAUUUCCACUCUCCUCUCUCUGCUCUCCGAGUCCUUCCUCCACGCAGAGGAGGCGAAGCAGAGCGUCGAAUCCGCCGUCCGGAGAGCCCCCUCCGACGCCGCCCGACGCGUCCGCCUCGCCGCGAGGAGGGUGAGCUACGGGCUGGCGGCGGCGGCACUGGUGUGCGUGGCGAUGGUGGUGCUUCUGGCGGCGGCGGCGGGGGCGAGCGCGGCGGCGAUGAGGGCGUGGAUGGAGGAGCCGGUGAUGGUGAGGGAGAGAUUGAACUUCGAUUACACGCAGGCGCAGCCUAGGGCUGUGUUCGGGGCGGAGAAUAAUGGGAAGAAGAACAAUUUGGGGAUUCCGGUGGGGCACCGGUUUACGGCGUCGGUGAUUCUUCUGAUGCCGGAAUCUGAUUUCAAUCGCCAUGUUGGUGUUUUUCAGUUGCGUGCAGAGCUGAUAUCAACAAAUGGAAACAUAAUAACCAGUUCAAGCUUGCCCUGCAUGCUCCGGUUCAGAAGCAGGCCGGUCCGGUUGACGCGAACAUUUCUCGCUAGCAUCCCUUUAGUCUUAGGAAUCUCGACCGAAUCCCAAGAGCUAACCUUUCACAUGCUAAAGCACAAGGAAGUAAAUCAUCAACGAAGCAAAGCUAUCCGAGUUACUAUUAUUCCUCGUGUUGGGACCUUAGCUCUCCCGGAGCUUUACGAAGCUCGAAUUCACAUAAACUCGCAGCUACCGCCGAUGAAACAGCUGCUACAUCGCUGGCGAUGGACUUGCUACCUAUGGACAACUUUUUAUACGUACCUAGUGUUUUUGGUGAUGUUUAUGUACUUUUGGAAGCCCGUUGUGUUUCGGGCAGCAUCAUUGAAGGAGUUGAGUGGUAACAAUCGGGGAGCUUCGGCGAGUAGGGAAGCAGAGGAGUCGUUCGACGAUAUGGCAGAUAUAACGGUGGAGUUGUUGAGGAAAUGGCAGGAGAUGAGGAGGAAAAGGAAGGCUGCAAUGUUUGCGUAUAGAGAAGUUGGAGAAGUCAAAUCAGAUGCCAAAUUGAAGGUCUUGAAAGAGCUUUCCAGGGACAUAAAGAUCGCAGCCAUCCGAGGUCUGUAG